UAUUUACCAAAUUGAAAUUUGGGCCUCUUAUUAACUAUAAAACUGGGCCAAAUAAUCUAGACCAAGUGUCAACCAAAGGUCAUGAACCAUCUACCAAGUCAAAAAUAUCAAGAUAACAGAAACAAAGAAACUUCUAGUAGUAACCAAUAAUUCCCAAAAAUCCCUAAAUUCCCAAUUUCUCUCUCAACUUCAUCCCUCAAUUAGAGAAAUGGGGAGCUCAACAAGGAAUGGAUCGUUGAAGCAAGCAGCAAUAGUAAUGGGUGCACUCGCUUUUGGAUGGUUAACCAUCGAGCUUGCUUUCAAACCAUGGCUCGAUAAGGCUCGAGCCGCUAUCGACAAAUCGGACCCUGCUCAUGACCCUGACGAUGACGACGUCGUUUCACCCGAUGCUCAAGCUGCCGGCGUUGAGGAUGAUAAUGAUGAUUAACUGUUUAACAUUGUUGGGUUUUGUUUUUCUAAUUAGGGAUUUCAGUUGGAACUUUUGAUGAUAAUGUUAUCAACUUUAUGCAAUAAUGCUUUAGAUUUAAUGUUAUAAAUAAUUAUGAUAAGUUUUUAAUUUAGUUUGUAUUUAUUUUAAUUGCUCAGUUUUUGAGUUUAUUUUGAUUUUUUCUAACAAAUGUGAGCUGGAAGCAUGAAUGGUCAAUAAGCUAAAGUUGCAAACUCGCAA